AAGUUGCAUUAGAAAACUCUGCUAUCCUUUGAUUGUUUCUUCGGAAGAUCAGUCACCAAGUCGUUCUCCUUAUUUAAUUAAGUCAAGAAAUAGAAAACGUAAUUCAAGUUGCAUAGUCUGAAAAGUUCUGAUGAGAUAUAUUGCUACUCAUAAACUCUCUCCUUUGAUUUUUUCUUCGGAGGAUUACGACCAAGCCUCUCUGUCUCUAUGGCUCUCUCAUCAUCAUCUUCUUCCUCUUCUCGCACAUGGUUGUACGAUGUAUUCCCAAGCUUCAGUGGGGAAGACGUCCGUGUUACUUUCCUCAGCCACUUUCUAAAGGAGCUUGACCGGAAACUGAUCAUUGCUUUCAAAGACAGUGAGAUCCAGAGAAGCCAAUCACUGGAUCCUAAGCUUAAACAAGCCAUUAGAGAUUCAAGGAUCGCAGUGGUUAUUAUCUCCAAAAACUACGCAUCUUCAAGAUGGUGUCUAAAUGAGUUGCUGGAGAUCGUCAAGUGCAGGGAAGAGUGCGGUCAAAUGGUGAUACCUGUUUUCUACGGUUUAGGUGCUUCCCAUGUGAGGAAACAAACUGGUGAAUUUGGACAGAUCUUUGAAGAAACAUGCCAGGACGAAACAGAGGAAGGGAUAAUUCAAUGGAGGAGAGCUUUGACAGAUGUAGCUAAUACCCUUGGGUAUCAUUCAGUAAACUGGGAUAACGAAGCAAAAAUGAUUGAAGAAAUUGUCAGUGAUGUUUUGGAUAAACUACUUUUAACUUCAUCAAAGGAUUCUGAGGACUUUGUCGGCAUAGAAUAUCAUAUCGCAAAACUGAGUGUGUUGUUGCAGUUGGAAGAUGAGCAAGUAAGGAUGGUUGGUUUAUGGGGUUCUUCUGGGGUUGGCAAGACUACUAUUGCUAGAGUUCUUUUCCAACGAUUUUCUCGACACUUUCAAAGUAGCAUUUUCAUAGACAGGGCUUUCUUAUCUAAGAGUAUGGAAAUUUAUAGUAAAGCCAACCCAGACGACUACAAUAUGAAGUUGCAUUUGCAAGGACAUUUCCUAUCAAAGAUCUUAGGUAAAGGAGACAUAAAGAUAAAUCACUUGAGUGCAAUUUGGGAGAGGCUGAAGCACCAUAAAGUUCUUAUCUUCAUUGAUGAUUUGGAUGAUCAAGUGGUGCUAGAUGCAUUGGUAGGUCAACCUCAAUGGUUUGGAAGUGGGAGCAGAAUCAUUCUGGUUACAAAUGACAAGCAUUUCCUAAGGGGCCAUGGGGUUGAUCACAUUUACGAGGUAUGUCUCCCAUCUGAAGACCUCGCUCGAGAAAUGUUAUGUCGAUCUGCUUUCAAGAAAACCACUGCACCUGAAGAUUUUAAAGAGCUUGUAUUUAAAGUUGCACAACUUGCGGGUAGACUUCCUUUAGGUCUUAGUGUUUUGGGUUCAUCUCUACGGGGGAGGGACAAGGAGUACUGGAUGGAUUUGUUGUCAAGGCUUCAGAAUGGUAUAGAUGAGAAAAUUGAACAAACAUUGAGAGUCAGCUACGAUGAAUUACGUAGCGAAGAAGAUAAAAAAAUAUUUCGCUAUAUCGCAUGCUUUUUCAAUGGUGCACAAGUUACAAACAUGAAGUUGUUGCUCGGAGAAAGUGACAUGAGUGUUAAUUUAGGGCUUAAAAACCUAGCUGAUAGGUCACUCAUUCAUGUAAGAGAGGGUCAUGUGGAAAUGCACUGUUUGCUACAAGAGAUGGGUAAAAAAGUUGUUCGCCUUGAGAAGCCUGAAAAACGAGAAUUUCUUGUGGAUUCACAAGAUACCUGUGAUGUACUCAGUGAAGGCAUUGGUACUCAAAACGUUAUAGGAAUAUUAUUGGAUCUUGAUGAGAUUGAUGAGUUGCAUAUACAUGAGAAUGCCUUCACAGGGAUGCGUAAUCUGCGUUUCCUAAAAAUUUACUCGAAAUUGGGAUUGUACAGAGAAGUUAAAUGCCAGUUACCCGAGAACUUCGACUAUUUUCCUCCCAAACUGAAACUAUUGCGUUGGGAUAAUUAUCGAAUGAGAUGUAUGCCUUCUAAGUUUCGUCCUGAAAACCUCGUCAAGUUCGAAAUGAGGUAUAGCAAGCUUGAGAAGCUGUGGGAAGGAGUUGUGUCGCUUCCAUGUCUCAAGGAAAUGGAUUUGAGGUAUUCUUACCACCUGAUAGAAAUGCCAGAUCUUUCAAAGGCCACCAAUCUGGAGACAUUAACUCUUAAGAAUUGCUAUAGUUUGGUGAAGCUUCCUUCCUCUAUCCCACAUCCCAACAAACUGAAGAAAUUAGACAUGAUAUGUUGUCAAAAUCUAGAGACUAUUCCAAUUGGCAUUAGCCUCAAAUCUGUCGAACAGCUGUUUCUUGGUGGAUGCUCAAGGUUGAGGACUUUUCCCCAAAUCUCAACCAACAUCUUACAUCUCACUAUAGACAAAACAUCCAUUGAAGAAUUACCUUCAAAUUUGAAUCUGGAGAAUAUCUAUUGUCUUAGCAUGACAAAACUAAAGAGUAAGAAACUAUGGGAAAGAGUGCAGCCCCUUACUUCGAUCGUGGCGAUGCUGUCUCCCUCUUUGGAGAGUCUGUAUCUAUCGGAUAUCUCAACUUUGGUGGAGCUUCCUUCUUCAUUUCAGAAUCUCUAUCAACUGCAAAGAUUGAAAAUUAGGAACUGCGUGAAUCUGGAGACUCUUCCCACCGGAAUUGACCUCAAAUAUCUAUAUCACCUUGAUCUCAGUGGAUGCUCACGGUUGAAGACUUUUCCGGGUAUCUCUACCAACUUAACAAAGCUCUGUCUAAGCGAAACAGGGAUUGAAGAGAUUCCUUUGUGGAUCAAGACAUUCUACAGGCUUGAAAGCCUAGAGAUGGAUGGAUGCAACAAUUUAGGAUAUGUAUACCUAAACUUUUGUAAACAUGAGCAUGGUCUUUACGUGAACUUUUCACACUGCAAGGCAUUGACUGGAGUUGGCUGGAGUGAUAGUCCAAGAAGAGACAACAUCUAUUUGGAUUUCACUAACUGCUCCAACUUGGACCAAGAAGCUCUAUUUCAACAGAAAACAUAUUUUCAGAGUCAACUGAGGUUGUCAGGAGAAGAAGUGCCUUCAUAUUUUACUCACCGUACUACUGGAACCUUCUCUCUUUCCAUCCCUCUACUUCCUACUUCUCUCUCUCAGCCAUUUCUCAGGUUCAGGGUUUGCAUUGUGUUUAACGACAACAUGUCAGAAAUCGAUGCUGAGUGUAGAUUCACAGGCAGUUUUUGGAACAGCUCUGAUUCCUAUGAUCAGGCACAAUACUUCUGCGCAGACACCGAGGAUUAUACGAUUUUUUUAUAUAAGAAGGAUAGUUGUCUGUUUAUAUUGGACUGCCAGAUGUCUCAUAUCCCUCUAGAAAUGAACUUCGAUCACGUGGAUUUGGAGAUUCAUUUCAAUGGUUCUUCUGACAUGGAGAUUGAUAUCAAGGAUUCUUUUGGUAGUCUUAUUGACAUAAAAGAAUGGGGUAUAAGAAUCAUAGAAGAGGAUUUUUCAGCGGCAGACAACCGACUUGGUAAUCCAGACAUUCUACCACAUGUUUUUGAAGCCAAUGAAAGCAAUAUGAUUAAUGAGGUCGGGGAAGGUGAAGAAUGUGCAGGCGAAGAUGAAGUGACAGAGGCAAGAAGUAAACGAAUGCGUACUUCGUGAAAAAAAAAAAAACUUAGAAUAGGGAGACAGGAAAACGAAUGCGGUGGUCAUGGAUUUGGACCUUUCAAAGAGCGAGUUGACAGAAUCUCAAACAUACCAUGAUUUUUUGGGGUUUAGUUCACUGUGCGGAGAUUGUUCACAAAGUUUCGACAAAGAGGAGGAAAACGAGAGAGCUUCUCGGCUAGACAUCGUGGUUACCAACAGGCUUGCUAGGUUGCGUAGCCAGAAAGACGAGUGAAACUAAAAAAGCCCUAAAAAAAAAAUAUCCUAUUGGUAUUGGUUUAUUUUGCAUUUACAAUUACAUAGUUUAUUAUUUAACUUCCUUUUUUAGCGUAUGGAAGAGUGACUGAACGUUCUGACGGAUAAUAUUCUUUCACCUCAUCUCUUUUGGUACACGUGCCCAAGCACAAGAACAUGGUGGCGCUGGCCUGGUCCAACAUAAACCGCAAGCUUCUUGAUGUUCCAAGCGUGACAAGUAGAAAUAUGGAGAGUGUUCCAAUUGGCAUUAGCCUCAAAUCUCUCGAAAAGCUAUUGCUCACGGUUGACGACUUUUCCCGAAAUCUCAACCAACAUCAGACUGAUGAACAUAGACGAAGAAACUCCAUUUUGAUCCGAAUUUUCGUUUCGAUAAUCUGCGAGUGGUUGAUUCUUGUUUUAAUACUACUUUACAUGAACUUCUAUGCUUGACUCAAUACCUUUGCAUAUUCUGAGCCAAAAGUUAUUGUUUUUAAAUUCUUA